AUGGCCGCCGCCGACGUCCUCUCUCCCACCACCACAGAAGCACCUCACAGACGACAAGUCCCCUCCUCCGCCAUCGCCAACAUCGACACCAUCGAAGGCCUCGCAGACUCCGACGACCAAUACGCGACGUACAAGAAGCUGCAGCGCCAACUGGAGUACAUCAAACUGCAAGAAGAGUACAUUAAAGAUGAGCAGCGGAGUCUCAAACGCGAGCUGGUGCGGGCACAGGAGGAGAUCAAGCGCAUCCAAAGCGUGCCGCUCGUCAUCGGGCAGUUCAUGGAGGCGAUAGACCAAAACACCGGCAUUGUCCAAAGCAGCACCGGCAGCAACUACGUCGUCCGCAUCCUCAGCACCCUCGACCGCGAACUCCUCAAGCCCUCCUCCUCCGUCGCCCUCCACCGCCACUCCAACAGUCUCGUCGACAUCCUGCCCCCAGAAGCCGACAGCAGCAUCGCCAUGCUCGGUGCAGAUGAGAAGCCGGACGUGACCUACGCCGACGUGGGCGGACUUGACAUGCAGAAGCAGGAGAUUCGCGAGGCCGUCGAGCUGCCCCUUUCGCAAUUCGACCUUUACAAACAAAUCGGUAUCGAUCCGCCCCGUGGCGUCCUCCUCUACGGCCCGCCUGGCACCGGCAAGACCAUGCUCGUCAAAGCCGUGGCGAACAACACCACCGCCUCCUUCAUCCGCGUCGUAGGCUCCGAAUUCGUGCAAAAGUAUCUCGGCGAAGGGCCGCGCAUGGUACGCGACGUCUUCCGCAUGGCGCGCGAAAACAGCCCGGCCAUCAUCUUCAUCGACGAAAUCGACGCCAUCGCGACCAAACGCUUCGACGCGCAAACCGGCGCAGACAGAGAAGUGCAGCGCAUCCUGCUCGAACUCCUCAACCAAAUGGACGGCUUCGACCAAACGUCCAACGUCAAAGUCAUCAUGGCCACCAAUCGCGCCGACACCCUCGACCCCGCUCUCCUCCGCCCCGGUCGUCUCGAUCGGAAGAUUGAAUUCCCCUCCCUUCGCGAUCGCCGCGAGCGUCGACUCAUCUUCUCCACCAUCGCGUCCAAAAUGAGCCUGAGCCCUGAAGUCGAUUUGGACUCUCUGAUUGUGCGCAACGACCCGCUUUCCGGUGCGGUUAUCGCGGCUGUGAUGCAAGAGGCGGGUCUUCGGGCGGUGAGGAAGAAUCGGUACAACAUCAUUCAGCAAGAUUUGGAGGAUGCGUAUACCAGUCAGGUCAAGGGCGGAGGAGAGUCGGACAAGUUCGACUUUUACAAGUAG